AGUCUAGCUUCCUUACUGGUUAUUCAAGCUUUUAUCCACUAUUCUGGAAAGGUAGAGAAAGAAAAGCAGGCAGCUCCUUUCCUGCAGUUGAACUUUAUAAGGUUACUAGCUGAUCUCAAAUUUUCAAUUAAGAGGCCUGAAGUUGUGGAUGUGAUAUUGCCUUUCUUCAUUGAAAGUUUAGAGGAGGGUGAUGCAUCAGUACCAGGCUUAUUGAGACUCCGACUUCUUGAUGCUGUUGCUCGCCUGGCGAGUUUAGGUUUUGAGAAGUCCUACCAUGAAGCUGUUGUUCUGAUGACAAGGAGUUACUUAAGUAAGCUUGCUGCUGUUGGCUCAACUGAAAGUAAGACCACAGCUCUAGAAGCCACAACAGAACGUAUUGAGACACUUCCAACAGGAUUUCUUCUGAUUGCCAAAUCCUUGACUACUCCUAAGUUGCGUACUGACUACCGUCAUCGUUUGCUAUCCCUGUGCUCAGAUGUGGGCUUGGCUACAGAGUCAAUAAAGUGUGGAGCAGAUUUUCUUGGUCCUCUCCUUCCUGCCGUGGCUGAGAUAUGUUCAGAUUCUGAUCCUACUGUAGACGUUGAACCUUCACUUUUGAAGUUGUUUAGAAACUUGUGGUUCUAUGUCUCUCUCUUUGGGUUAGCUCCUCCAUUACAGGACCAUCAUGGCAUGACAAAGUCAGUAUCAACUACUCUAAACAGUGUUGGCAGCACUGGAGCGAUUGCCCUUCAAGCAGUGAGUGAUCCAAACAUGUGGAGUGCUGUUUGGUCCUCUGCUGUCCAACGCAUUUCUCAAGGAACCCCACCACUUGUUGUGAGCUCCAUGAAGUGGCUUGAAGAUGAGUUGGAACUAAGUGCUCUUCUUAAAGGUAGUCGGCGUGGUGGUGGCAAUGAGAAAGGUGCCGUUAGCCAAAGAACUGCUCUUUCUGCUGCUUUAAGAGGGUGUAUGGAACUUUCAGCAAUGAGGGCAAUUUCCGGUGUCAAGUCAACUUAUCUACUUGCAGUAGCAUGUUUGGAGAUAACACGGUUUAGUAGCAAUGCUGGGAUCCUCAAUGUGGGCCCUAGUUCAACAGCUUCUAGAAGUGCCUUCAGCUGUGUCUUUGAAUACUUGAAAAUUCCUGGCCUCACACCGGCUAUCUCUCAGUGCUUGACAGCCAUUGUUCACAGUGCUUUUGAAAAAGCAGUAGCAUGGCUGGAGGAGACUAGAUCAAGAGCAGACUAUAAGGAAUCUACAUUGACCACCCAUGUCAGUUUUCUUUUAAAAAGUUUGUCCCAAAGGAAUGAGCAUAUACGAGAUAUCUCAGUUAACUUGUUGAAUCAAUUAAGAGAUCGUUUUCCUCAGAUUUUGUGGAACUCUUCUUGUCUAGAUUCAGUAUUAUUUUCAGUGCACAAUGAUCUGCCUUCAUCUGCAAUCAAUGAUUUUGCUUGCAUGGCUACUAUUCGCUCCUUGUACCAAAGGACUGUUCGCGAAUGGAUGAUUCUUUCACUUUCACAGGCUCCUUGUACUAGUCAGGGGCUUCUUCAGGAAAAGCUUUGUAAAGCAAACGCUUGGCAAAAAUCGCAGCCUACAGAAGAAGUUGUUUCUCUCUUAUCUGAAAUAAAAAUUGGUACUGGUAAAAAUGACCACUGGACCGGAACAAAAACAGCAAAUAUUCCUGCUGUUAUGGCUGCAGCAGCUGCAGCAUCUGGAGCAAAAUUAAAAUUGAGGGAGGCAUUUAAUUUCGAGGUGCUCAGUACUUGUAUGAUCAGUGCAACUGCGAAGUCUAAUCAUGCUGGUGAAAUAGCUGGAAUGAGAAGUUUAUAUGCGAGUUUUGGUAGCCUUGAUCUCCCAGCUUCAGGUCCUGGUGAUAUGGUGGAACAUUUGCAGCCAAAAACUGGGUCCUUUUCUGAGGUUUUACUUAAAAAGUUUGUCCGACUGCUCCAGGAAUUUAUUAAUGAUGCAGAAAGAGGGAGAGAAGUAGAUAAAUCAUCAUUCCAUGAAACUUGUUCUCAAGCAACUGCUUUUCUACUCUCUGAUCUGGGAUCAGAUUCUAAAUCAAAUGUAGAAAGCUUUUCAAAACUUUUACGUCUUCUUUGCUGGAGCCCAGCUCAUAUAUUGACAUCCAAUGCCAUGGAGACUGGUGUAUUUAUUUGGACAUGGUUGGUUUCAGCUGCUCCUCAAUUGUGUUCUCUAGUACUUGCUGAGCUUGUUGAUGCAUGGUUGUCGACAGUCGACACAAAGCGAGGUCUUUUUACAUCUGAAGUUAGGUGUUGUGGACCUGCUGCUAAGUUAAGGCCUCACCUGGGACCUGGGGAGCCAGAAGCACCGCCUGAAAAGGAUCCCGUUGAACAAAUAAUGGCCCAUAGACUAUGGCUUGGGUUCUUUAUUGAUCGUUUUGAGGUCGUUCAACAUGGUAGUGUUUCACAGCUUUUACUUUUAGGGCGGUUGUUGCAAGGAACUAUCACACUACCUUGGAAUUUUUCUUCCCACCCAGCUGCUACUGGCACAUUUUUCACCCUCAUGCUUCUUGGAUUGAAGUUUUGCUCAUGCAAGUUACAGGGUAGUUUGCAAAACGUCAUGGCUGGGUUUCAGCUUCUAGAAGACAGAAUAUAUCGGGCUUCAUUGGGGUGGUUUGCUCACCAACCUGAGUGGUAUGACAUGAAUAAGAGCUUUGCGCUGAGUGAAAUGCAGUCUGUAUCUAUGUUUGUCCAUCAUCUUUUGAAUGAGCAGUUAGAUACUUCCCAACUCGAUUUCAAAGGGCGGGCACUAGAAAAUGGAAGCUCUUUGAAUGAUGUGAAAGAUCAACACCAUCCUGUUUGGGGCCAAAUGGAGUGCUAUGCUGUUGGGAGGGAGAAGCGGAAGCAGUUGCUUCUGAUGUUAUGCCAGCAUGAAGCUGACAGGCUUGAUGUCUGGGCACAACCUACUGCCAAGGAAAGCACUUCACGUCUUAAAAUCAGCUCUGAGAAAUGGGUCGAUUUUGCUCGAACUGCCUUUUCUGUAGAUCCCCGUAUAGCUUUUUGUCUUGCUGCAAGGUUUCCUACAAAUAAUCAUCUGAAGGCUGAAGUAACACAAUUGGUGCAG